GAUCAGGCAAAAGUUUCUCAAGUUUGCCGCGUAGAGAUGGACGUGGGGCUAUCCUCCGAUCUCAAUAAACCAUAUUAUACCAUGAUUUAGCGCCUACCCUUGCCCCAUCCGCUUCUCCAGAGCAAUGGCUCAGAAUGACCUUCCGCUGCACGGGAAUCGAAAACCGUCAGGUAUUUCUGCCAGACCGGGCUGCUUAGGCGCCGUCGCUCGCUUUUGGUACCGCUCGUAUGCCGCAGAUUACAUUAGCUUAGCUAUUAUCACCGCAGGGUGGUUUAUCAUCCAAAUAUUUGUAGAGCCAUUCCACCGGAUGUUCUCGUUGGAGAAUGGCUCAAUACAGUUUCCGUUCGCUGUCGUGGAGAGAGUCCCGGUCGUGUGGGCUGUCAUCUAUGCUGGCAUCCUUCCUUUGAUGAUAAUCGGGAUAUGGGCAGCUGUUACGCGUUCCGGUUCUCACUUCACCCAUGUGACGAUAUUGGGAUUUUUAGCGACUCUAAUACUCACUUCCUUUCUGACAGACGUCGUCAAAAAUGCCGUGGGACGUCCGAGGCCAGAUUUGAUCUCCCGGUGUAAACCUGAAAAGGGAACACCGGCUCACACCCUGGUCUCCUUCAACGUGUGCUUGGAAACGGAUCAUCAUAUUCUACAUGAAGGUUGGAGGAGCUUCCCCAGUGGCCAUAGCAGCUUUGCUUUUGGCGGGCUCGGGUACCUUUCGCUAUUUUUUGCGGGGCAACUGCACGUGUUUCGACCUCGCUCUGGUUUAGCCCGUUUCCUUUUCUCUGGGGCUCCUCUGCUGGGAGCGCUGAUGAUUGCGAUGUCGCGAUUGGCGGACUAUCGUCAUGACGUAUAUGAUGUCACAGUCGGGUCUCUUUUGGGACUUUUUACGGCGUAUUUUACCUAUCGCAGAUACUAUCCAUCGCUGAAGUCAAUUGACUGCGAUACUCCCUAUUCCAGACCAAGCGGUGGCUACGUAGCUGUCAGUGGUGUUAAUCGGGGUCUGGGAGAUGAAGAACAACCAUGCAACUCCCCACGACCAGAAUAUUCUGGAGCCGAAUAUCAGAUGCAGUGAAUCCAUCCAAAUCGGCCACAUUACCCUAGCGCAGAACGAACCGGAUGAUAUCGGAGAGGAAAUUUCAUCGUGUAUAGAUAAGCAGCCGAGCUUAACGGUCCACAUUGAUAUAGAUACAAACUAAUCAUAUACUCUAGCAAGGUGGUGGUCGUUCAGAUAUUUUUCUUCCAUACCUUGUCUGUAGACAGCGAGUCAAUUUACAUUGGUAGGGGGCACCCCCUGUCCUUGUUGAAGGCUCCUGUUGGUUUGGCUGCGGUUAAUUUUGGGUUAGGAUUGAUUCAGCCUCAGUUAACUGGUUAACUAGUUAUAUAAAUUCGUCAUUAAUAGGCCGUCGCA